AUGACGGACGAAAGCUUAGCAACUGUUCACCGGAAUCAAAGGAGAUUGCCUCGGAAACAGCGUCAGCAUGAAUCUUCCAGUAAAUCCAACCGACAUCCGCCGUCGUCUUCUGAUGGAACGGACUAUCGAAUCUUUUCAUUCAACACUUCCACUCGAAAUGGAAACACAAAAAUUGAAUCCGGCCAAACCUGCUGUUGCUAUGACGACGUCGUCGUUUAUGAGACUAGCACACAGUUGAAGCACUCUAGCACCUUCUGUCUUGCGGCUGGUUCGGGACCCGGAAGUCCGGUAGUCCGAGGAAUGCGGUCGCCCGACGCUACGCCAGUGGCAAAGUUAAGUCCCUCACUCCAAAUAAGUUGGAAACACUAA